UUAUGAAUUCCUUCAAGACAGUAGCAAGUGCCGGUACUUACUGUAAUGAUUACACAUCACGACAACAUGAACGCUUCGCAUUAAAAUUUUGAGCGAGUCACGUGUACAAGAGAAACCUGUCUAAGGGGCAAUCGGACAGCAGAACGGUAAGGUUUUAAAAUGCUUUUACGUUCCCUUGCGUAACAUGAACUUUGAAUCUGGUGGAGUAUACGGGCCGGAUUUGUAGUUAUCAACGAAACUGAGCCUGGAAGUGCCGGCAGAACCCUUCCACAGGGACUCUUUCAGCGACAAAUAUUUACAUCGUAAUUUGGAAAGGAAAGCGGCUUUCGUCGAACGUACACCUGGCGUUCGGAUUGACCACAGUCACCCUGCUGAUUUGGUUUCUCUAAGAAAAUAUCCGCUUACUCCAUCUCGGAUUAGCCGAUCCGUAAAAUUCUAACGAAAUACCAUUAAAAAAUAUCGGAUCUAUAUUUCCUUGUCUUAACACUUUGAGGCAGUUGAACCAUUCAUCCUACACAAUGCUUUAGAAGACGAGAAAGCCGGGCUGAGAGAAAUUUCACGCACUUUUUACGUGAGACAACAAAUCAGUAUGAAAUAUAUUACACGUCUUCAUUUUCUUUGAAAUCAACCCUUCCAGAAGAAGUAAUUGUUUCUUAUUUGCGUUACAGUGAGGUGCUACUUGUUCAUAGGCCGGGGGUCUAUCAAUGGACGAAGAUUCCCUUUAUUUGGACGAAGAAGGCGGAUGUUCACUCGGAAGUCGAGGAGCCCUGCACACAGCUGACUCACAUUCUCAUGUGCACGAUCAGCGUAAGGUAAAUAAAACGAGAUGUGGUCUACAGACAGUCAGCGAGUUCUAGCAUCGUAUAACAAAGGCGGGGAGAAAAGUCAGGGAAAAAUCUUUACGAAAUGACAGAAAAACUGGGUUUUUAUGGGUUUUUAUGCAAAUUAGAAUUCACGUGCGUCUCGUGCCCGUGACCCUUAUUUGGAAUGUGGUCCCGUAUUUGGAGAUAGCGUGACCCAUAUUUGGAACAUGUGCGUCCCAUAUUUGGGAGAAUCGAAUUGCGCGCCAUUCUGUAUGCCUUUUACUGACCAAUUAGAACAUCGAAAUUUCCGAGACGUCAUCGAAAACUCGUGACUAAACAGGUUUAUCGGGAGAGGAAAGGUCGGAAUCGGAGGAAACUUGAGAAAGACCGAGAAAGAAAACAGUUAUUAUUGAACUGGAAAAAUUUAGGAACAACGUCAUAAAGAUUUUUUGCUGUGUUUUUGCCCUUGAACUGUCAGUUUCUUGAGCUUUUACAGUUUAUUGCGUGAAGAAACGUCUCGGAAUCGAGCUUCAAUUAUCGGGUUUGUUGGCGGACUUUGGUAACGAUAGGCGCAGUGUGGUCGUUGAAUCCUUUACCCGAGACAAACACAACAGGAGAGGAACACGUUGAUGGUUAAAAUCGUAGAGAGUUGAAUGGGUCGAAACUAUCGUAAAAAUGAUGUAAGUUUGACAUUUGAGCGUCGGAAGAUUUGCUUCGACUGUGAACUUGGCGUCGAUAACUUACCGACCGACAAUUGGAGUCUUGAUCACAUUUCCAAUUUCCUCAUUUCUUUGCAGCCAUCAUCUUUGGGAAAAGCGUUCAUUGCUGGUGCUUUGAGUGGGACAUGUUCUACGUUAUUAUUUCAACCAUUUGAUCUGGUUAAAACUCGCUUGCAAGUGGACAAGACAGCUCUGUCACCUGCUGGGAGGCUGAAAAUAGGGUAAGAGUUUACAGAUCUGUGCACGAAAUUUACAUGUACAUCAGUGUUAUUNCUUGAUCACAUUUCCAAUUUCCUCAUUUCUUUGCAGCCAUCAUCUUUGGGAAAAGCGUUCAUUGCUGGUGCUUUGAGUGGGACAUGUUCUACGUUAUUAUUUCAACCAUUUGAUCUGGUUAAAACUCGCUUGCAAGUGGACAAGACAGCUCUGUCACCUGCUGGGAGGCUGAAAAUAGGGUAAGAGUUUACAGAUCUGUGCACGAAAUUUACAUGUACAUCAGUGUUAUUAUUUAGUACUUCGCAGGAAAGCAAACAACAAAUGAUUUAAGUGUUUAAAUGACCCCAUCUUUAUCUUUUGCAGAAGUAGUAAUGGCAUGCUUUACACUUUUUACUCUGUGGCCCGUAGAGAGCAUGUUGUCGGGCUUUGGAGAGGCCUCGUACCGGUAAGCUGUAUUUUAGUUCGAACCUUUUUUAAUGUAUAAGUUGUAUGACAGUUGAGUUGGGUUUAUCAGUUGAGUUAAUAAAGUCAAGUUGCCCCUGUAAAAAGAUUCAAAAGUUUACAUACUUUUCAAGUGCUAGCCUUUUUUAGAGCGAAUCAAAGGAUAAAAUGCCAACCUUCAGGGCCGGGUUGUUCAAAGGGUAAGAUAACCCAGUGUUAGUCCGAAAUUUGAGUUCAUAUUUGAACGCUUAAAAAGUAAAUUCAGUUUAAUUCUUUCAGUCAACAAGUUGAUGAUUGGAUGCUCUUAGAAAUAACGAGGAAAUUAUCCGAGAAAAUACUUUUGAACAAAAGAAAAGAAACCCAGGGUUAAUUUAACCCUGGAUUAAGCACUAAUCGGCCUUCGGACAACUGGGCCCUGCAGGGUUACUCGUAGAGAUACCAGGAGAUUCACCCUCCUUCCAUGAGACUCUCAGUUAAUCAGGGAGAUGCCUUUCUUAGUCCUGGGGAAAGCAAAUUCCUUCUUUUUUUCAAAUAAGCUUCCUUCUGCAGGAGUUGUGACUUCUGUGGGUUUUAACAGCACAUGGUAAUUCAGGUUUUCCUAGUGUGCCAGUUAAUGAAAAUCAGUUCUUUCAGUUGCAAACUACUGAAGAUUUUGUUUCAAUUUAAGAACAUUUCCCUACUGCUGCUUAUUGGAAAGAAGGAACGUAAUCGAGGGGGUGUUUGUUAGAGGAAGUACGGUAUAUUGGAUAGCUUUCAUACUACUAUUAAAACCUGAUUGGUAAUUCAUUGAAACGUGAAACACCAAUUUCAGCAUGACUUUUAUGCUCUAGCAUCACUAUGACCAGUGAUUUUGUUACAAUUAGUUAUGAUGAGUCCUGGUACUCAUCUUGCAAAAAUCAUGAGUCCUGGUCCAGAACCAGUGAGUCCCAGGUCAAAAAGCGAUGAGUCAUAAACUGAAUUUUUUGGGGCCUUCAUGUAACCAUGCAGACAAUUAAUCAGAAGACAGACUCUAAAACUCUGUAUUGCAGUUUACUGAAAUAAAAAACUCCUUCUAUCGUCAAUCACAACAAAGACUAAAAGAAAUAUACCUCAUUAAACAACGGCCGCAAGAACAGCCACAGAAAUCACACGAACAGGAUGUUCUACAAUUAAAACAUUUUCAGAUCGAUCCAUCGGUCGAUUUUUGCGUCCCACAUGCAUGCCAUGAAUUAUUUUGGGUCUUUGGCACUUUUUAUGCAUCAGGAACACAUGACGUAGAGGUAACAAAAUCACUGUGACACUCUGCUUAUGAAAGGUAUAUCCUUUGUACAGGAUUAGCUUUGAGCCAUGUUCGGUCAUGGCUGUUUAUAUAUUAUUGUUUUUAGUUCUGAGUCACCACCAUAAGAUUCAAUUCAAUAAAAAAUGUAAACAUAGCCUAAGACCUGCGAGUAAGUCAUUGAUUAUCUCCUUACUGGCACUGAAAUAUAUUCAAAUGUUUUGUUUACUGUUGGUUUUGCUUCAGUCACUGUCCAGGUGUGUUCCUGGGAUAGGAAUGUACUUCUGUACACUUCACGGCUUGACACAAAGUUUUGGAAGGUAAUAACAAAUAUUGUUUUCCCAUAACUUUACCCUUCAAACCCCAUGGCCAAUAUGAAAAUUUAAAUUACUCUUUGUUGUCAUUCUUUAGGCAUUUCAUAGAGAAGUAGUAAGAAGUUGUUAAAGCAUCAAUAUAAUAUUCAUCACAGCAUGAUUGAUUUAGGGUGGAUAUUAAUUCCCACGAGUCAUCACAGGUUAUGAUAGUUUUAAUAUUAAGGCUUGUGGGGCCGGGAAAAUGACUGAAACAAAUGAACCAGUUAAAUAUGACAAGGUUACUAAGGAAUGCCAUCUUAUAGGAGACAAACAAGUUGGCUAUUUUACAAGCCGCUUAGGGUUUGAACUUGGGACUACAGGCAACAAAUCCAGCCAGUGGUCAGGGAAAGAUUUGAACUCAUGGCCUCCAGAUUGCAAAACUAGUGCUCUGAUCAUUCAGCCAUGCUGCCUCCUAAAAAGGUUCAUGCAGUUCCGUAAACUACAUACACUCUGCCUAAACUUAGUUUAGUACUGUUGUACUAUGUGCAUACAUAAGAGGCUUGAUAAUAAUUGACAUUGUUUUUGUUGAUUUCAGUGAGGAACCAUCCAUGGGUGAAUCAGUAUUGGUGGGUGCAUGUGCAAGAACUAUAGUGGGAAUAACACUGUUACCAUUUACAGUGUUGAAAGCUAGAUUUGAGGUAAUUUUUUUACUUGUUUUACAAAUACCCCCUGAUAGACUAUCCUGGACUACAUGUAUCGUGAUAAAUUGCAACUGAAAAAUAUUCAUCACAAACUUUUGCCAUUUUAGAAAUGUUAUUGAAAUUUUUAUGUGUUGUUUUUGUCCUAUGUAGAGUGGUUUUUUCAAGUAUAACAGCAUGCUUCAUGCAUUCAAGUCGAUCUUGAAGAGUGAAGGAGGCAAAGGUUUGUUUGCAUUCAAAUAGUGGGUCGGGAUAAUUUAUUUCCUUUUUUCUAAACAAGAUAAACAAUUAGUUUGUUUCACUCAAACAACAAAGUUAUCUUAAAACAAUAAUAAUUUUUAUUAUUACUAGUUGUUUUUAUUUUGAUAGAUGAUUAAGGAAUAAGAAUUUUCAAAUGCUAUUUUUUUGCACGUGUUUUAACUUUUUAUCAUUUCUAGUUGUAGCAUGGGUAAAUAAAGAAUUGUACUGUAUUGUAUUGUAUUGUAUGAUUAUUAUUGUUCUGCUGUAGCUGGAAGGUGAGAAGUUGUAUUUGUAUUUUUAUUUGCCACACAGAUAAAUGAUUGCAAUUGAAAAACAGACAAGAUACAAAAAUGUCGAAAGUAAUGGCAAGGAGGCCUAAAGGAAACCAUAAAGCUUACACUGUAUAUAAAAUUGUUCUAGUGAGGCUUACAUUGUAUGUUAGUUGGGUCUCCUCAAUAACAAUUUUCCGUAGAUGACAUUUAAAUCAGACUCACGAUGGAUACAAUUUUUUAUAAUAGAGAUAAGCCAUCCCAGUUUAAUUUAAAGCUGUACAUUUACUGCCAUGUACAUGUACCUCUGCCUCUUUUAUUGUAACUGAGGUAAUUUUUUAGAAUUGUCUUUUUGAUGAAAACUUGGCUCUUUACUUGUAGGCCUGUACAGUGGUUUGUUAGCAACAGUCGCAAGAGAUGCACCAUUUUCAGGGCUGUAUUUAAUGUUUUACUCCAAGAUGAAAGGGCUGGCAAAACAUGGUAAAAUUUAAUUAAAAUCUUGUCAGUCAUCACUUAUUACGGCAUUCUACAGGGCUUCUGAUAUUUCGCGGAAAAAAACGCAAAAUUUCGCGGGAUUUUCAGGGGUAAAUUCGCGGAAAAAUCGGCCGAUUUCGCGGGAUUUUCGCGGAAGAAAAGUCAAAAUUCGCAAAAACAUCGGCCGAUUUCGCGGGAUUUUAGCGGAAAAAAGUCAAAUUUCGAAGGAUUUUCGGGGCAAAUUCUUAGAAAAAUCGGCCGAUUUCACGGGAAAUUUGGGGGGAAACUUCGCCAAGCAACAAUCAGUAAAAAACAGCCGAUUUCGCUGGAUUUGUUUUGGCAAAUUUCGCUAAAAUCGAUCAAUUUUGCGUCGAUAUGACCAGCAUUGUUUAACUUUUUUUAACAGGGAUAAUCAUUUGCUCUUUCAACAACAGUUCGCUCGAGAAAUGAGCGAAUCCUAAAGCUGUUAACAUAAUGGUUAGUGCCCAGUUUUUCGCAACGUUCAUCUAAGAACGCCUGGUAGUUUUGAGACGUUGUUUACUCGUUAAACUGACGAAGUUUCAAGAUAAAUUUGGACGUUUGGGGUGAAUAGAACAGGUCUCAUAGCCAAGAUAAGUAUUAAAUAUGUUUUGCCGACAUGUAUUUGGAAAUAUUUCUGGCGGAUUUCGCGGUAUUUCGUGUUUUUUUGGGAAUUUCGCGGGAUUUCACGGAAAUACCUGAAUUUCGCGGGUCCGCGACCGCGCGAAAUAUCAGAAGCCCUGAUUCUAUGUAUCUUUAAUAAUCUUGUCUUAGUUAUUUUGUGAUAAUUAUUCUGCAUGAAUGUUAUAAUAGCUUAGUUGCGUUACCUUUUAAUGUAAAGAAAGCAUGCACAAGAUAACAAUAUUUAUUGUUAUUGAAGGGGAAGACAGAGCGGAGAAAAGCCAGUUGUUGAAAGUUUAACAUGUGAUUAUUAUUUUACAAUGGUCCAAGGGGUUGCUUCAUGACCUCUGUGCUACUGGAUAGCACAUGUUCUGAUGUAAUAAGAAAAUUAACAUCAUGAAAUAGUUUCACUGUACUGCUCUCUGGCUUUGAUUAGAAUCAUCUUGCUUGAAAUUGCUUUCUCAUCUUUCAAAUAUUAGAAGCAUGCUGCAUUUGUUUACUAAAAUAAUGACUCUAAUGCAGUUGUUUUGUUGAGUUAUAAUUGACAUUUCCAUUUACCCUUGCCAACAGAACUUGGAACUCCUGAGUUGAAAUCAUCUGAAACAUUUGUGUGUGGUGCAUUUGCUGGUGUCUUUGCCUCAGUUCUUACCCAGCCAGCAGAUGUGGUGAAGACAAGACUUCAGUUGUAUCCACACAAGUAUAAUGGGAAUGGUGAUGCUGUCUUAUCCAUAUUGAAGGUAUCCUUUGUAGUAUACAACACUAUUUUUAGGAAUAUUUAGUGGUUCACUUUUAUCCUUGGUUUAAAUAUUAUUUUCUGUUGUUACAAACUUGUCAUUAUACACUGUAUAUUACCUUACCCAAUGAAAAAAAAAAUAAAUCUAUGAUAAAAAUAGCUCUCUAGAGAUAGUACGCAUUUACAGUUAUGUCUGUUGUGCACUUGCGAUUCUAUCAGCUUGCUGUGUCACAUAAGCAUGAACUGUAACCGAUUUUAUCAAAGAAAAGAAAGUGUGAUUUCUUGCAUGGAAGAAAAAAAUUUUGAUGCAGUUACUCUUCACCUUCAUGUCAUAGAGCACACCGAUGACUAGGGUCAGAGAGAAAAUGAAGCGUGACUUCUUGCAUCAAGAAAAAAUUUUCUCAAUGCAACACGUCAUGCUUAUUUUUCUGACAUAACAGUUGACACUUCACAUUCAUGUUAUGUAGCACGCUGAUGAACCUUAUUAUCCCUUUUUUGCAAAAUUUCUUUUGAUGAGAAAAAAGUAAAAUGAUAAAAUAACAAGCAAUGGAUAGAGCAUUUUAGUAAAAUCUAAUUAGUGGUCUAUUAUCAAUGCUCAGGAGCCCAUCAAAUGGAGCCUCCAUCUCCCAUACAAGCCCUUGGAGUCAACCCUUUCCCGAGUAGAUUUAUAAUUAGAACGGUUCCCAGCGGAGACUACACGCGCCGACAGUGGGAAGGGCCAAUCACAACGACAAAAUGACAGUGCUAUUGUACUUCAUCAAACGGCAGGAAGUAUGGUGUUGACAAGCAAUACACAUAUCAUAAGCUAGUGAAACGUGACUUCAGAGUUUUCAUCCCUCAGAGAUUUUCGUUCUUUUCUUUCUAGCGGGUAGAUUAUACUGCGGAGAAUUUGAAACUCUGACUACGUUAAUCUUUAUUUUGGCUGCUUGUUUCACAUUAAGUUGCCAUGAAGCUGGUCUGUUCCGUGUAUAAUGAUUAACUACUUCCUACAGUCUGUAGUUCUGACAGGAUUCGAUUCUAGUACCAGUUUUCUUUAGUUAAUGUUUUUAAGCGUUAAAGUUCUUAUUUCGGCUAAAUGACUCAAUAUUAAUCAAAUUUCUUGUUUUUAAAGCUUUUUUUUUCGAAAUGCGUUUAUCUGAACAAAUACUUGUAGUCCUUUUUUUUGUCCUGUCAGCUAGUGUGAUGAUUCCCUGCUAUGUUUUGUAACGCCGGGCCCAGAUAUUUAGCAUUGUUUUCUCACGAAUGGUGAUCUACAGAUGCAAAAUCGAAGGAAUGAAUUGACCUUAAACUUCUACAUUAACUGCUGAGAAUUGUCCUGUUAGUCAGUCAUAAUUCUUUCGGCGCAGAUACAAUCCAUUUUGUUUUUCUUGAGAUAAGUGGGUCUUUGGACUUGAGUGCAAUGUCACAAAUUCCUCCGUUAGCAUAUUACUUUUGACUUAGCUUCACAGUCGAGCAACCGUUCUGUUCUGUUCUGUUCUACUUUUUAAGUACCAGUUAAGUUUAUCAGGCAACACUCAUGGUAAUACAAGCCAGUUGUAGAGGAAGACUGCAAUUUCUCAAAUUUCGGAACUAGAGCAUUUCUCGUUAGUUGCUACUUAGGUGAUCGCUUUUGCACGCGGUACUUAACUGGCGAAAUCCACUCCACGGUGAUGACAAAAAUCAAAUGAUCCAAGCACUUUUUCGGUGCUGAUCAUCGAAAUGUUCCAAAUCGUUCACAGAACACUUAAUCGUCGACUCUUUUCGAAGUGCAUGUUUACAUGUGGAAUGUAUAACGACAAAACACUCGCAAAGAAAACCUUUCAGUGAUCCUCAGUUCGCUGCCUUUGUCCCAUCGCUUCAUGCUCAGUCUCAGUCGGGUAAUUCAUUAACUUUCAUUUCAUGAUACCCAGAUCCCAGCGGCUAUAAAAUGGUAAAAAUGGACAUAUAAUGAAAAAGGAAAACGGUGGAAGGACGGGCUUUUGAGUUCGACUUCAUCCAACUUUAUUUUUUCACGGUGGCAUACGAGACUCACGGAAAUAUGACACUGUUCGCGGCAAAAAAGCCGUUCUAUUUAUAAAUCUACUCGGGAAAGGGUUGACUCAAGACAUUAAUGGAGAUGGAGGCUCCAUUUGAUGGGCUCCUGCAAUGCUACAUUCUGAUUGGUUGAGCUACUACUAGGCUAUAUGUUAUUGCCCACUAGUAGCGAAAAGCGCCGGCUUUGAAAACCAAAACAAUGGCAGCUGAAUCGCAUUUUGCUAGUUAAAGUUGUUUUGUCUCUAUUUUUUUCUACCAACUAGUUGGAUAUUACAGUGAAACCUCUAUUAAGUGGACCCCCAAUUAAGCGGACACCCUCUAUUAAGUGAACACUAAGCCAGGUCCGGAUAUGAAUGUCUUAUAUUUCCCUUUAUAACGAACCCCUAAGCAGCGGACACCUCUAUUAAGCAGACGCGAACACUAAAAUAAGUAGUACUUGGCUAAUUUUUAUUGUUGAAAACCUGCAUUAAGCGGACACCAUUUUAUACUAGUAUUGGAUUACGUUCUUGAAAUACGAACUGUAGUCGAUUAAUAAGGAUAAAUCAAUAAAUUAAGCUGUCAAUAAAUUGUAGAUGAGACUGAUAUCCGGCCAUAUGAUCGUCAUCCGCCAUCAAAGUUCACCUAAAAGUUCUUUGGAACUUUAUCACAAACAUUGCACAAUUUUUACCAACUCUAUGAAACGGAAACCCUCUCUUAAGCGGACACUUAGGAAGGUCUCGAAGGUGUCCGCUUAAUAGAGGUGUGACUGUACUAACACAAUAUUAUUAUUCUCACCCUUACAGCCUCUGAGUCAAUGGCCCAUUCGGCCUUCGGCCUUAAUGGCUAUUGCCUCAGAGCCCAUUCGGGCUCGAGGAAUAAUUGUUAAAUAGACUCUACUUUUUUGCAAACUGAAUCAUACAGUAUUUUGUCUCUGGCCUUCAGAAUUACUGCAUUUCUUAAUAAGAACAUAAUACAGACAUGACAUUAGUGUAUAGUGUUACAGUUUCUAUGGAAACUGUAAGCUCAAAAAUGAAGCAAAACAAAUACAUAGUGUAACUCUUGCCAAGGGGAUCAGAUCUCUGUUUAUAUUUUUGUUGUUGGUGAUGCUGUUUUUCGUGUCAUUUUGUCUUCAUAUUAUCAUUUCAUUGCAAAGACACCCUCAUUAAUUUUAUUUUUUAUUCACGCUGUUCUAUAAUCCUUCGUGGUCCAUUCUGGAUCUGAAAAAAUUAACAUUGUUUGUUGUUGUUUCCAGGCAAAUGGAGUAAAUGGACUUUUCAAGGGUAUUGUUCCUCGUACCCUAAGAAGAACUCUCAUGGCGGCUUUGUCUUGGACUGUUUAUGAACAGGUAUAGCAUGCUCUGCUUUAAAUUACAAAAAAUCAAGGUUNCAGGCAAAUGGAGUAAAUGGACUUUUCAAGGGUAUUGUUCCUCGUACCCUAAGAAGAACUCUCAUGGCGGCUUUGUCUUGGACUGUUUAUGAACAGGUAUAG